AUGUACCGGGAAGGGUCGGGCCUCGAGAACGUUCUCCUUUGCUUCACUGGUCCUGAGUACAUGCACAUGGUGCUAAGGAACCACGGGGCCACCAAUAUCCCCCCGCGAGGGUUGGCGAUGCUCCGCCUUUAUCCGCUAGAGCCGUGGCACGCCAGGGACGGCUACACAGAGCUUGAGAGCGCCGCAGACAAAGACACGAAGAAAGCUGUGCGCCAGUUCGACGCGAUCCGACGAUCGACCCUGCACAGCGUCACCGUGCAGCGGCGAGAGGCCAACCUGGAGCGGGCCUGGCACAACCAUCUCAGCGACCUCGUGGACAAGUUCUUCCCUGGGGAUCUGGCCUGGUGA